AUGCUCGCUCGAUUCCGGAGAAGCGCGCUCGGCGCCCUGUCUCUCGCCCUGCUGGUUGCCAGCCCCGCGGCAGCACUCGACGUCAAGACCGUCAAGGCGCAGCUCACUACGGUUUCUGGUGUGGGUGACGUGACGCACACUCUCCAGCCCGGAUCCACAUGGCCAGAGCUCGCCCUCGGCUCGGGUGACUCUCUCCGCAUCCAGCUCACCGUCUCCGAGUCGGGCUCCCCCGUCGUGCCCGCCUACGCUGCUGUGCAGUUUGUCGAUGCCGACGGUCGCGAUUCCGAGUACGCUGUUGGCGUCAAGGCCACCGGCAAGGCCAGCUUUGUCCUUAACACCGACAAGCUCCCCAACUCGCUCCGCGCCGCUGCUUCGCCCCUCAAGGCGACCCUCCUCCUCUCCAGCCCGGGCUCCAAGCCCGUCUCGUGGGCCCUCGGCUCCGUGACCCUCCCGGCCGCCCCCGCCGACGUCACCCCUACUCGCCGUAGGCACGACCUGCCUCCUCGCGCCGGCGAGCCCGCGUUCGCCCCGCAGCCCGAGAUCACCCACACCUUCCGUGUCGAGGAGAAGACCGUCGCGUUCCCCAAGGCUGCCGCCGGCGUCGCCGCCCUCGUCCUCCCCUGGGGUGUCCUCUUCUCCCUCAUCGGCAAGAUCUCGUCGUCGCUCCAGUUCGUCACCCCGCCAACGAUGAUGUACGCCCUCUUCGUCUGCCUCGUCGGCCUCGAGGCCCUCAUCCUCCGCUACUGGGCCGGCUGGCGCCUGUACGAGCUCUUGGGCCCCUUUAUCGGCCUGGCCGUCGUCACGGCCUAUGUCGGCACGGUGGGUCUCCGCGCCGCCCGCGUGGAGCGCCUCAAGGCCGGCGGCAAGCCCUAG